UGGCGCUCUUUUUUUACAUUGGCAACACUGCACCAGAUGUCAACAUAACCUAUAAUUUUACACAUGUCCAAAUUCACUAAGCGUAAAAAUGAAAUUACAAGAAAAACGAAUAUUUAUAAGUGAUUUACCGGAAACAGCCACAGAAGAUGAGUGUAAAACGUUAUUCGGCGAAUAUGGAAAAGUAAAAUCGAUUGAAAUAAAGGAACGUAAGGAGUUGGGUCCAAAAAAUUAUUCCCUAUUUUUCGCUUAUAUUAAUUUGGAAACUGACGACCACAGCAUACAAAAGUGUUUCAAGGAUUUUGCCCAAAACGAGUGGCAUGGGCAAUAUGUGCAAUUACAGUUGGCGAGAGAAAGUUUUCUGGACAGAUUAAAAAGGGAACGGGAAGAAAAUGAAAAAAAUAAUGGCAAUGCCACAUCCCAACCCAAAUUGGAACCACUUCAACCUAAAAUCAUAAAUGGAGUCAAGAAAACUCCCAAAAAGGAAAGUUCCUCAGAAAGCAGUAGCGAAACAGAAAGUGAAGAUGAAAAACCACCAGUUAAAAAGACUUCUGCUAUAACUAAACCAGUUUCAACAAAAAGUAGCAGCAGCAGUAGUAGUAGUAGUAGUGAAUCGGAAAAAGAAAUAGAACCACCUAUAACCGAUUUUGUUAUUAAAAGUAAUAAAGGAAAACAACUAAAUAAAAACGGGUUGGUGAUUGAAUCAGUGGGCAAUGAACCCAUAAUAAAAAUUGAUUUAUCCAAAAAGAAACCAGCAACGGUAAAUUCCGAAGCUAAUUUGAAGAGAUUGCAGUCGUUAAAUAGAAUGAAGGAAGGUUACAAGUCGCAAAAAUUAACAAUUAACAAAGCUUUAGCAAAAGUGGACGCCACACAAGACAAUAAGGUUGUUUUUAGUGGUAAAUCAAGUGAGAAAAAAGAUAAAAAAUCCUUAUUUGAUGACGAAGAGUCGGAUGGUGAAAAUUUUGAGGAUAACUUUAAAGUCAAAGAGCAGUUUCAAGGAAAAAAGGGACAAAAGUUGCUGGAACUUCAAUCAAAAUUCAAAAACGAUAAAAGAUUUGCUCUGGAUGAAAGAUUUGUUGAAGAAGAUGAUGAACAAGUUAUGACUGAAAAUAGAGAUUUGGAAGAUCUAACUUUGGAAGAAGAGAAGCAAAAAGAACUUGAAAUAUUGGGUGAAGUUUUAGGAAAGAAUUUACCAGCUAAAUCAAAACUGAAUGAAGAAAAACAAAUGUUGAGAUUUGACCCCACACAGCCUGAACAUUCAAAAUACGAGAUGCAAAAAGAGGUGGCUCCUCCAAAAAGUAAAAAGAAGAGAAGAGAUUUUGAGGAAGCAUUUGCGGAUAAAAAGGUGGAGGAAAGUAAACAACCAGAGGUUUCCAAGGAGGUAUUCUAUAAGGUGACAGAAAACCUCAAGGAAACUCUGCAUGGAGAAAAACCUGGGUUCAGUUUGCUGGGUAUGUUUGGAAAAAAUGAGGAUGUGGAAGAGAAUGGUGAAGAAACCGCGGAAAAAAUAAUUAGGGGGAAUAAUAAUAAUUUGGGGGGGGAUAAAAACCCUUUCAAAUACGACUCUUCUGAUGAUGAAGAUCAGACAGAGGAUAUUCCAAAUGCCUCCAAUCAGGAACAAAAAGAUGUUCCAGAUACAAGGAAUGUGAGGUUUUGGUCUGAAAGCUUCUUUUUUAAGGAUGAUGACUACAGGUUGCAAGAGGGGUUUGAUUUCAUAGAAAAAAUGAGGUUGGAGGAAAAGGGGGAGUUUACCAAGUUGAGGAGAGACUUGAAGGAAAUAGUCAGAUCAAAAGUGAGAAAUAAUCAGAGGAAAGACAAACCGUUCAGGAAAAAGUUGGGUGGGAACAAAAAACGAAAAAAUAUAAGAAUGAAAAAGGCGCUGAAAAGGUAGUUGUACAAAAAUUAUACUGUAAGUUUUAAUAAAAAUACUUGGUAUGUAAUGUUUUAAUUUUAUUGGAAUCAUAACCAUUACAUUAAAAAAUUGCAUGUGAUAAAUAUUAUCCACUACUAAAUAUAUGUUAAGUAGAAAAAUAAUUAUUAUAAUCAAUUUGUGAUAAUUGAAAUAGAAGAAAUAAAAAUCUGAUUUGUAUAAUCAUUAUAUUUGAAAAAUUAUCAUACAA